ACCAGAUGCACUUGUGUGUCUUUGUCUCCCCCUGCUGCACUACAGUGGAAAUGCAGUACUGUAAAUGCUACUGAUCUUACAUUCUUACAUUUCUGUGUCAGGUGUCAUGUCCUGGAGUUCGGCUCAUGGCGUAUGAAGACAUCUACCUCAGUGUGUGUUUCAUGGGCCAAUUCAGACAGUCCCAGUGCCUGCCCGCUGUGUUCCCUCUGCUUUUUCACGAGAAGAUGACAUUUGAAAAGGCAAGUUCAUAUAAUGUACAAUCUUGUUUUGUUUUUGUUUGUUCAAUUUUUUUGGAUUUGUUCAGAUUUACAGGUAUGCACUUGACCCAGGGGAUAUUGCAGUGAUGCUUCAAUAUGAGACAGUCCGAAUUGAACUUGUGCAACUCAUACCACCAAUGGGAAUGACUUUGGCCUACUACGCAAAUGAUGCUCGCAGAUUCCUCUUCCCAGAACCAAAGCUCGUUCCUCCAUUUUCUGGAACUGAGCAGGCGGUUUUGAUGAUACAAUCGGAGAAUUUUCCUGGUAUUAUUUGUCCAAGAUUGGAAUUCUCAACUUCAACAUCCAUCUUUGAGUGUGCAGCAAAUGCAGAGAUCACUGAUUACCCAAAUGUACCAAUGAGGCCAUUGGUGAAGAGACCAAGACGCUGUAGCAGACCCGGGACCUCCUCCCCUCAGAGAAAACCUGUCAGUGUGGGGAGGAGGAGGAGUGCCAGGGGAGACCGGGGCAUCUCCAGGGCCCGCUCCAUGUCUCCUGUGAGGGGCGGCAAUAACCAGCGCCAGCUCAGCCUGGACUCAGACCACCAGGAUCCAGCCAGCAGUCCAACACAUGGUUUGUCCUUAAGGGCUGGAGCCAGAUCUGCAUCGCCCCAUCUGACAUCAACACUCAGCAGUCCAGCAGUGAGCAGGUCUCCCUCUGCAGUGAGAUUUGCAUCACCAGAGCCCAGACAGUCCUUAUCUAAUGGUCAGGUUGAGGAGACAGUCAAUGACCUAAAUCUACAAGAUUCAUUCCAGAGUACUGACCUUUCUCCUCUGCGUCAGUCUGCUACACCUAGAAGAUCUACAUCAAGCACUCACUUAAUGUGGGAGGAGGUCCAAGAGCGAGUGCGUGGUCUUCUCACUACCCCCAAAGCUGUGCGCCGACUUACCUUUGGAGUCACAAACCGAGAAGUAGAUGAAGUUUUGGCACGAAGAUCGAUCUCUCCUGGUCCUCCGAUAUAA